CUAUGCUCAUAUAUUCUUCAGUCUUCACUAACAAAAUCACAUUCCCUCACCAAACCAAACAAGUGUCUUGUGUGACGAAAUCAAAACAUGGGAAACCUCAAGUCUCUCGCCCUCUUAGCUUUGCUCUUUUCUCUCUCCCUCGCUGUUUUUGCGGACACAUCCACCGAUGCCACACAUGCUAAGGAUGAUGUGAAACCAAGUACUGACGCAACCGAUGCCGUAGAGCCGCAACAACGUGGUCGAGGCGGUUGUAGGUACGGAUGUUGCGGCAGCUUCGCUUAUGGGCAGUGCAGCGCUUGUUGCAGCCAACCUCAGACUGCGGAAGUCGAAGCCGAGGCCAAUGACGUUGUUGUAGAGCCUCAGCAAGGCCGGGGUGGAGGCGGUUGUAGGUACGGAUGUUGCGGUGGUUGGUGGGCUGGACGGUGCAGAUACUGUUGCAGCCAAUCCCAAGCCGAAGAAGCGGAGAAUGUUGAGGCCAACGUUGUUGAGCCUCAGCAGCGUGGCGGCGGUGGUGGUGGUGGUGGUGGUUUUGGCGGCGGUCGUGGUGGCUGUAGGUAUGGAUGUUGCGGUGGGUGGUGGCGUGGACGGUGCAGAUACUGUUGCACCAGUCAAGCUGAGGCCAACGAAGUUGUGGAAACUGUUGAGCCCCAGCAACGCCGUGGAUGUAGGUACGGCUGCUGUGGAAGCUAUGCAUAUGGACAGUGCAGUGCUUGUUGUUCCAAGAAGAUGGGCACGGAGGGAGAGACGAAGAAUGACGAAGCGAAGCCAUAAUUAGCGUGUAACACAAACUCUAUGUUUGUAUGCAUGGUUAAUUACCAGUACGUAAGUAUGUCAAAAUAAAAGAAAUAUACUGCCUAAUCCUAAAGAAGGUACCUAGAGCUCAAUAAAAAAAAUCGUGGGUUCCUAUAAUAUGUAUUUUGCAGUGUCUUUCUCGUGGAUGUUAUAAAUAAUAACAACUGUUUUAAAUAUCAAAA